AGUUGUUGUAUCAACGUACGCGCGUCGAGAACGUCCCGUUUGUCUUAAUUUUAAUUUUCUUAAGAAAUUCUAGUUCUUAAUUGCCCCAAUAAUAAAAAGUUUAGUGACGCGGGAAAUGGAUGCGCACUCCGGCGAUAAGAGGAGCCAAAGCCGGAGCCAAGCGUGUUAGGAGCAGCAUUUAAUCGAGCACAGGAGGACGGCACCAUUUAUUGUUGGACAGCUACAGAGAAUAGCUUCAGAACAGAAUGACAGCCGAUUACCUCAAGUCAAAGGCGACGCGCCACAAAAAUAGCGGCGUUAAGCGACGCCAUCGGCAAAUUGCCUAUCUGGCCAUAUGCAGUCUCAGCGUGAUAAUAUUUGGCUUUGCCUUGGCCACAUUAAUAAGGCCAGCUCACGCAGAUGAAGGCAACGCAGACAGUGCCGUGGUGUGGCGCGAGGGAUAUGAUGGAUUCGGCACCACCCACGAGAAGAAUAAUCAGCCACAUUAUCCCAAUACUGAAUACACACCUUACAAGCAAACAUCUAACUAUACCAAAGCGCCCAAGCCCUACUCGCAGGCCAUGGAUCCCGUCUUCAAUUUUACUCACUUGGUCUUUGAUAAACUUCUAGCUCGUAAAUCCGCAUUGCCACCUGGAUAUAUUGUGGUUAAGAACCAGAACACUCUUAGCCUGGGACCCAAGGUGGAGGAGAAUGAUUGGCGUGAUCUCGUGGCGCAUUACUGGAUAGUUCUCAUCUGGGUAUUUGUCCUACUGCUUCUCGUAAUUAUCAUACCCUUCAUAUCUGUUUGCUAUUGUUGCUUUUGUUGCUGCCGCAAUUGCAAAGAAGGAUGUCCACCCUGCGAUAGUGAAAAGGAUGCACGCAGACGUUGCUGCUACGGAAUGAUGAUGUUACUCUUAGUCAUUGGUCUGCUUUUUGGCGUCAUUAUUGCAUUUGUGACCAAUAAAAUGUUGGAUAAUGGCUUCGACGAUACAACUGCAACCAUGCGACGUGGCAGCGAUGACACUUGCACCUUCCUCAAGGAUGUAUCCGACAACAUUCAUCAUCUGUUUGUUAAGAACUAUGAUGAGUUAAAUACAAAUCUGCAAGACAUCUUGAAACAUGUACAUAGACACAUAUUCUUGGACGUAAUGGACACUUCGGAAAUUAAGAAGCUUUAUGAAAUGGAGCGUAUAUUCAACAAUACACCACAAGUUGUGAAAUUAUUUUUAACUUUACAAAAACUGGACAAGGAACUACGUUUUAAUGCUGCUCAACUGCGAGAUUUGCUGCGAGGCGUAAAGCGCGAUGUAAACUAUGCUUGUACAGUGCUCUGCGGCAGCCGGGAAUGUCUACAGUUUUUAAAGACAACGGAGAUUGAAUUUCUUGACAGCUCAAAAUGUCUACACUUGGAUAUGCUACCGAAUACUACCUCGUUUUUGAUUGCCAGUCGGGAUAUCGUUGAUCAAAAUAUUUCCGUAAUUCCCAAAAAUGGCAUAAGACGAGUUGAAGAGAUUGGCAAACAGAUUAAGCGAGCUAUAGAUCCUCUUACUCCCAAGAUAAUUUCGGAUAUUCAAAAGGGAAGAGAUCUAUUCCGCGAACAGGCAAACAGCAUUCGCAGCAUUAUCGAUGCGGUGAUCACAGAUAUCCAUUCGAAUACAGUGAAGUCGACCAAGACAUUCGACGAUGUCUACGAAAAGUUUGGCAUGGAUCGAAGCAUCGUUAGUGUCAUUGUCUGCGUAUUCCUAUUGGUCAUUCUAUUUAUACUGACUGUAUCUAUGAUCUGUGGCUGCUGCGGACGUCGCCGGCGUGGAUAUCGUGAUGACUGUUGCAGCAAAGGAACAGGAGCAACUUGUCUCUUGUUUGCCAUCUUGUUAAUAUUCUGCGUAUUCUCAGUGACUAUUCUGAUUGGACUCUUCUACUUUAUUAUGGGCAUGAUAACCUAUCAAGGUGCCUGUGCUCCUUUGAGGGAUCAGGAUAAGAAUGAGCUAUUCCGUCAGAUAGAUUCAGUUAUUGAUCUCAAUCGCUAUUUGCCUCACAGCGAACGUCAAUCCGACUCACCGCUGCCGCCUCUUCGCAUGUCAAGUGCAAUUAAGGCUUGUCAAGCCGAUCAAUCGAUCUUUGAGCUAUUGCAAAAGAAUAGUUUGUACGAUAUUAAUGAUCUAAUACGUAUUAAGGUUCUACGCGACCCUCCAGAUACGAAAGUGCCAAUAUUUAGAGCGGAUUACAACGGUUUUAGCGUAUUCACGAAUGAAGAGAAAGAAGAAUUCGGACGAGCAAGUGAUGGCAACCUAUCGAAAUACCAUGGCUCUUUGUAUUCAAAGAACUUAUGCUUGAAGAUAACUCCCGUUGAUCUACCCACAAUGGCCAAUCAGUUGAGGGAUCUACGUUCCAGUCUAUGGAGUCAAUGGGGUAUUUAUGAUUGGGCCAGAACUGCACUGGAAAACGAGGCCUUCAAUCUAGAAAAAAUCAAUGAUGAAUUUUAUAUAAAAAUCACCACGGGUAUCAAACAAAUAUCCGAGACUGUAUCUAAGAUCGAUAAAUUGAUACUGUACAAUAACUUGCCCUAUGGAGAUUCCAUUCAGGCCCUGCUUCAAACUGCAGAUCGUGCCGAGAACUUUUUAAAACAGCGCGGACAGUCAUACGUAAAUAGAUUAAUUGACAAUGCUACCAAAACGGUUGAGGAUCAGAUUGACAAAUAUGUCCAAAUGGUGAUUAGGGAGUGUAACAAAAACGUUGGCAAAUGUGCUCCACUUGCCUAUAUCUAUGAUACUGGUGUAGAUUUAAUCUGCAAACGCCUGGUCGAUCCAAUGAAUGGUUUCUGGGUAGGAGUUCUGCUCUGUGGAUUGCUCUUCCUUCCCAUACUCUUUGUGGCUCAUCGCUUGUUGUGCUUGUACAGAAAAAUCGAUCCGUAUUCGGCGCCAGCUGUUGGCAUUGUUGAGGGCGGCAGCGACUACUUGUACGAUGCCUAUAGCGAACGUGAGCGUGAGCACGAGCAUGUGCCAUUGGCCAAUGUGCCAAAGAAGCGUCGCAAGGCCUACGAGCGUCGACGGGAACAGCAGGACUAUUAUGAGGAUGCAUCGCCGGGCGUAUCGCGUAAUUCCCGUGGAGGCGGUGGUGUUGCUAAUGGCGGUGGAGAUGCCGCCGCUGGCAGCAGCAACAUGCGCUAUAACGAUGUGGCACCGACCGCUAAAAUUGUGGCUAAAGACACAAGGCCAAAAGCACUGGCGGCAGAUGGUUUCUUUUAGGCAUUAAAAUCCCGAAGUGCAAAUGGUUUUUGGCAUUGGGAUCAUGAACCACCGCGUUACCACAAUCCGCCCGUAGCGCCGCCAUCAUCUGAAUAUGAACGCCCACCGCCAUACUAUUAUCCAGGUGCCUCCGACCAGGAUUAAGAACGUGAUGCGUAUGUGGACAUUUGUUGAAAUGGCUUUAAAAUGAAAUGGCAAGAAUAUGGAAGAGAUGAACGGAAAAAGGAUAAACAACACCAGAUGAAUUUCAUUUAGAAUAUUGCAAGAGAAAACCCCCAAUUUUACUGAGACUGUAAUUUUAGUUGAAAAGUUAGGUUUUUAUUUAAAGUUAUGUAAUUUGUAUCAUCACAUGUGUUAUAAUAUUCUUUGGACUGUAUCAGACGAUCUGCCAGCAAUGCAAAAUGAUAUAUAGUAAAGAUUAGUUUUAAGCGCGGAUCAAAGCAAACGCAUAUAAAAUAUUAUUUGAAUUGUACACACACACACACACAUUGAAAAUGUUGCCAAAAGAUAUGAAAAUGAAUAGAAAGCGAUGCGAUCCGAAUCGGUUGAAAUUAAAAAGCAUAUGCACAGCUAAAGCAUUUAAUAAGUUAGUGUUAAAUGAAUACAAAUCACAAGUAUACACACACCCAAAUGAUUCUCAUUAAUUUAUUGUGCGCAGUCGUGAAUUGCAUUUUGAAACCCCAAAACAAUAAUCAAUAUUUACAAUUAAAUCUAUUUAAAUCGCAUCUCAAAAUUAAAUGGGACGAAUAAUACACGUACUAGAUAUAUUUGUAUCUGUAUUGAAAACCAGAACUGCCAUUUUAAUUUAGACUAUCUGAUGAGCAGCUGCAAGUUUUUCGAUUCAUUUUGGUAGACAAGUGUAUUUAUUUUCAAAGAAACUAAACACACACAAUAACAAGAAGAAACACUUCCUUAAAACUAAAAGAAAAAAGAAAAUGACGCACUUUAUAAUACGUACGAAUACUUUAAAAAUCUGUCAUAGUUUAGUAAGUGAAAUUUCAACUAAAAAACAAAACAACAAAAAAUGAAAAAUUUGAAGGAGCCUACAUAAACGUGUUUCAAAUUGUAUUCUACGAGUAUGUCUUCAAUUUCAGGGCAAACUGCAAGUAGCCAAAAUAAAAAAAA